AUGUCUACAGACGAUGCCGAGAGAGCUCGGGCAACGGAGCAGACCCCUCUCCUUCGUGAGGCUGACCCGGCUUCCGUGGGCCCAUCCGAUGGUCACGAACCGGAGGAAGCUAGCACCAAAGAGCUGAUUAUCACCCUAUCAAGCAUCGGGCUAGGAGUCUUCCUUGCCGCUCUUGAUUCAACGAUUGUCGCGACGCUGUCAGCACCGAUCUCCUCCUCAUUUAACUCGUUCUCGCUGCUAUCAUGGCUGGCCAGUUCCUACCUCAUUUCAAAUGCCGCUUGUCAACCUCUCAGCGGCAGAUUGACCGAUAUAUACUCACGCCGUUGGGGUUUGGUGUUUUCCAACGUCGUCUUCGCCAUCGGUAACUUGAUCUGCGGCUUGGCGAACACGCAAUGGACUAUUAUCUUGGGUCGCGUGGUGGCGGGCGUUGGUGGAGGUGGCCUCACUGCAAUUUCGACUUUUGUGACCUCUGACCUUGUCCCUCUUCGGAAGAGAGGUAUCUGGCAGGGCUUUGGUAACAUCGCCUUUGGGGCUGGAAUGGGCCUCGGCGGGCUCUUCGGCGGGUGGAUUAACGAUACCAUCGGAUGGCGCUGGGCCUUUCUGAUUCAGAUUCCCUUCCUGGUGAUCUCGACCUUCCUUGUUCUGUGGAAGGUGAAAAUCCCAGUGAAAGAAAGCGACGAGGCUCGGAUCAAGCGUGUUGAUUUCCUCGGUGCCAUCACUCUGGUCCUCACUCUGGUCACACUACUGCUUGGACUGAACGCGGGCGGAAACCAAGUGCCAUGGACACACCCAAUCGUUCUAACAUCAUUGCCUCUCUCUGCAGUAUUCCUCGGGAUGUUCAUUUACGUCGAAGCCCGGGUUGCGUGUGAGCCCGUCAUCCCCGUGAAGCUUUUGCUCGACCGGACUGUCGCUGCGGCCUGUUUGACGAAUUGGUUCACCACCAUGGCAACAUUUGGCCUCCUUUUCUACCUGCCACUCUACUUCCAGGUGCAAGGACUUUCAACCACCGCUGCCGGUGUGCGGUUGAUUCCCCAGGCGAUCGGUACAUCAAUCGGAUCCGUCGGUAGCGGUUUCAUCAUGCGAGCCAGCGGUCGCUACAAGAUCCUAAAUUACGCGGUCAUGGCUCUGCAGGUGCUAGCAGUCGGGCUCAUCUCUACAUUGAACCUGACGACCCCGGCAUGGCUGCCCUUCCUCUAUUUUUUCUUGGCAGGAAUUGCCUAUGGCAGCAUGCUCACCGUGACACUGGUUGCCUUGAUCUCGGCUGUGGACCAUCAACACCAUGCAGUGGUGACGUCGGCUUCCUAUGCUUUCCGUAGCACCGGAAGCACCAUCGGUAUCACGAUUGCCUCAACGGUGUUCCAGAAUACUUUGAAGAAUGGACUGUGGUCCCGCUUCGGUGGACGCAAGCAUGCCGCGGAGAUUAUCUCUCGACUCCGGGACAGCUUGGAUGAAAUCCGGAGCAUUCCCGAAGACUGGAAGUCGGGAGUGCUGGAUGUCUACAUGGUUUCUCUGCGCGGGGUCUUUUUGACCCUGCUGGGACUGACUGCCCUAGGGGCACUGACCAGUAUUGCGAUGCGCGAGCACAAGCUGCACAACAACCUGUCUCGACGGUGA